CGGCGACCCGCACGGCAUGAGGUGCAACCUUCUCGCGAAUCAUUCGGAUUCGUUACCACCAUUUGAAAGUGCAUCAUAUCUUUCACACAAGCAAGGAACAGAAGCUGUUGCCUCCGGCAACCUCUUUUGUCCGUAUGCUGGAUAGGCUCCCGGGUACCGCCCAACGCGAAGAAUAUGCAAUUACCUUUCUCGACCUGAAGAAGAUGAUGCGUGCAUCCACUGCCGGCUCCGCCCCGGCGUGUGAAGUCGAGUUACUCGCUGCGUGCAUUUAAGCAGCGCUGCUCUGGAGUUUGGUCUCCGGUGCACCCCCGGCAAGCCACGGCAGCUCCUACGAUGUCCUCUUACGACCUCGAGAAGCAAACGACCACCGCCGAUGAGGUCUCGGUGAUGCCCGUCGUCAUCGAGGCGGGCAGCUCGUUACCAAGUGGUAGCAACUCUACCUCGAGUAUUAAGGAGAAGGAGAAGCUCGAGGACUCCGAAGAUGACAUUCCCAAGCUCGAGUCAUACCCGAUUCCGCCCAAGAAGGGCAAUAAGGUUACUCGCUACCUUCUCCACAACUUCUUCUCGACCUACAGGAAGAUCUUCACCGUCGUGUUCUUUGCGAACAUCACGGCCCUGAUCGUCUUCACCGUGAGGAACAAGGGCCUGCCCAAGGCACCCGAGGUCGGCUCCGCCGCUUCCGCCAACCUCAUGGUCACCAUCCUCUUCCGCCAGGAGAACUUUGUCAACAUCGUCUACGAGAUCCUCUGCGCGUGCCCCCACUCCGCACCGCUCUGGCUCCGCAAACGCCUCGCAAAGGCCUUCCACUACGGCGGCGCCCACAGCGGCGCCGGCGUCGCCGCCGUCUUCUGGUACAUCCUCUACACCGUCAUCGCCACCCGCGACUUCACGCGGAUGAAGAACACGGCGUCGACGGUCAACGUCGCCACUUCCUACGUCCUCCUCGCCUUCUUCUGCUUCAUCCUCGGCGGCGCCCACCCGUACUUCCGCCGGACCUACCACGACUACUUCGAGGCCAUGCACAGGUACUCGGGCUGGUGCGCGGUCCUCACGUUUUGGACACACACCAUCUUCGCCGGACUCGAGUACCGCAAGCUGGAGCCGAACCCGCCCUCGCUCGGGAUGUACCUCAUCACGUCGUCCAACUUCUGGACGUUCGUCAUCUCCUCCAGCGCGACGCUCCUGUCGUGGGGCCGUCUCCGCCUCCGUGACGUGUACCCGGAGAUCCUGUCGAACCACGUCAUCCGGCUGCACUUCAAGUACAAGAAGAUGCCGCCCUUCUACGGGCUCAAGGUUUCCACCCGACCGCUCGUCGAGUGGCACGCGUUCGCGACCGUGCCGGACGAGGAAGGUUUCUCAAUCGUGGUGUCGAACGCCGGGGACUGGACAAAGGAGGCGAUCAUGAACCCGCCGAAGAAGCUGUGGGUGCGCGGGUACCCGCUCCACGGCCUGCUCUACACGUCCAAGCUGUUCAAGCAGAUCGUCGUCGUCGCAACGGGGUCCGGUAUCGGCCCAAUCCUGUCUCUGCUAUAUGCAGAUAUUACGCCGCGUCGCGUGCUGUGGUCGACACCCAACCCGGAGACGACGUUCGGAGACAAGAUCGUCGCGGCGGUGAACAAGGCGGACCCGAACGCGGUGAUCUGGAACACGCGCUCGCAGGGGAGGCCGGAUAUGGUGCAGCUGACCUGGCAGCUCGUGCAGGAGUGCAAUGCCGAGGCGGUGUUCAUCAUCUCGAACCCGAAGAUCACGAAGAAGGUGGUGUACGCGAUGCAGACGAGGGGCGUCGCCGCCUACGGUGCUAUUUUCGACUCAUAGUGGCCUUCUCAACUUUGCGCCCUCUUUGUGCCCUGGGAUACUCUUCAUCGUCUGUUAUUCUUGCUCUUCCUUAUCUAACUGUAGAAACGCCAUGCGCUGAUAUCUGUAUCAACAAACGACACCGCCACGCACGCACGCUUCCCGUCACGAGUGUUAUGUAGUGACCUCGACCUCUUCUAUAGAACAGUCACCGUUGUACCAAAAAGUCAUAACGAC